GAUUCAUAAAUAUAUUAGAUAAGCAGUAAGUUCAUAUAGAGGCUUGAUAGUUCUCCUGUCAUUAGUUUCAGAACGAAUUAGGUGAAUCCUGGUUGAAGUGGAUCAGGAGUAGGAACACUGGUCGUGGCUGUAGGUCAGAUUGAAGUUGAGGAUAAAUUUUAGGGCUAGAUGAAGGGUUUUAGGGGAUUUUUUGGGUGAUUGGGAGCGGAGAGAAAGCCUGAGACGGUCUUUGGGGUUCUGUUUAGGAGUUCAAGGGGUUGCUUUUUGGUAUAGGUCAAUGAAUUGGAUGAUAGCUGGGUUAUUUGUGGCACUUAUGCUCUGCUCUAGACUGAGCCAAGAAGCAAAAUUGAAGAAUAGCUUUUAUAAAACGGAUGUUGGUACUCUAAAGGACCUCAUUCCAGUCGAAGAAUGCUUUAUUUUGAAAUACAACAAUCAAGUCUGAUUUCAGAAUUGUCAAGUACCGUACCUCAAAUUUCAGGAGACCUUUGGAGUCAUACCAGCCACCUCUGAUGCAACCUCAUUAGAGAUCAAACACCCUCAUGAGACCAAAGAAGGAUCAACCAAGUCCAUUUCCCAGAUAUCUGAUGAGAAUACUCUUUCCUUAACACAACUAUGAGCUACCCUCAAUAUAUUCACUAA